CCACAGUCACGCUGAGUGAGGGACCGGAUAGACAACGAGGAGCUGGGAUUGAAAUACAGAGAAUGGAGUGAAGCAGACUGGUUGAAAAUUAACCAGAAACGGUAACAAACCUGGGAUUUAAAAUAUUCUAUCUUGUGCACUUUUGAACCCUGAACAGGGACUGUUUUUUGUCUUAACGUAGGGGGCAAGGUGAAAACGCUUCACAUUUCGCACUAUACCAUUAGAGAGAGACUUCAUUGGUGGUUAUUUGUGUAAAUAUUACAUUUAACGAUGGAAAUAAAAUCGGGAAUCCUUCAGUUAUGCGAAUAUUUGCAAGACCCUUACAAAGUGGCCAAGUUUCAAGAGCUCUGCGGAGUGAAAGCGUCGUUUAAUGGGAAAGGAGAGAAUGUGAGGGAAAAGGAGCCUGGGCUGGGCGUCCACAGUGGAAAUUGCAACAAUCACUCUAUUAAUAAAAACGAGAAGGGGGGAGAAGAGAGGAAAGAUCAAUCCAAUUGCCCCAGGCAAAGAAAACCCGCCACGUCAGGGAAUAAUGUAAAACAAGGAGGCUGUAAAAACUGCCUCGUCGCCGGGACAACUGUGGCUGGAGCCGGUGAUUUUAACAAGCAGGAUGAAAGCGGCUGUGGCAGUCCUAUGCAGAGCUCUGACGGUUUCGAGAAUUACAAUAUAUCCUACUCCGAUUUGGGAACAAGUACGACUGCUAGCUCUUGUAGCUUUGAUGAUAACAUUACAAGCUGUGAUAUACGAGCCGAGGAGAAAAAAAAACCCCUCCGCAAGAAUUCGUUAACCGGAGAGGCCGGACAGGAAUUCGUCAUUGGAAAUAGGGCUCUGUACUACAUGUUCACCUUCGGGACCGAACUUGGCAACGAGCUCUUUUACAUCACCUUUUUCCCUUUCUUCAUCUGGAACAUCGACGCUUACGUGAGCAGGAGGCUGAUUGUCAUUUGGGUCUGGGUCAUGUACCUGGGACAGUGUACCAAAGACGUCAUCAGGUGGUCGAGGCCCGCCUCGCCCCCGGUUGUCAAAGUGGAGAUGUUCUAUAACUCGGAGUACAGCAUGCCAUCCACUCAUGCCAUGUCCGGCACUGCUAUCCCAUUCUCGCUCUUCCUGCUAACCUAUGGAAGAUGGGAGUACCCCUUCAUGUUUGGACUGCUUCUUGCUUUGUGCUGGUGUUCUCUGGUUUGUACAAGCCGCAUCUACAUGGGAAUGCACUCCAUUCUGGAUGUCAUCGCUGGAUUCCUGUACAGCAUCCUCAUAUUAGUAGUCUUCCAACCAGCGCUGGAAAUCAUAGACAACUUCAACCUGACCUGUACUUACGCUCCCCUCAUUAUCAUCAGCCUGCACCUGGCCAUGGGGCUCUUUUCCUUCACCUUGGACACGUGGAGCACAUCACGUGGGGACACUGCAGAGAUCCUGGGCACAGGAGCUGGUGUCGCCUGCGCCUCCCACCUCAACUAUGCACUGGGGCUGAUGCCAGACCCUCCCCUGGAGCUGCUGCCGUUCUCCCCCCCGACCCUCACCGCUGGCCUGGUGGGGAAGUCAGUCCUGCGUUUCGUGCUGGGCAUCCUCAUCUUGUUCGUCAUCAGGGCUGUCAUGAAGGCACUGACCAUCCCCCUGGCAUGCAAGAUCUUCCGCAUCCCCUGCCAGGAUAUCCAGAAGGCCCGCCAGCGCAUGGAGGUGGAGCUGCCGUACCGCUACAUCACCUAUGGCACGGUGGGCUUCAGCGCCCUCUUUCUGGUUCCUUGCAUCUUCAGCUACCUACGUUUGUCUUGAUACCGAUCAAAGCCACUUCUCCCCAUCCUCUAACCUGCUUGCCCCCUCUACCACACCCAAGAACAGGGUCCCAGAAUAACUGAAACCACUAGCUCUAAGACCUGCUUGAUUAAUGUUCAGAUUGCUUUUUGUUUUGCUUUUAUUUUUGUUUUGUAAGUUUUUCGCCUUAAAGAACGUUUCUUUGGUGGAACUUACUUUUGCCACUGGAAACCUGCGUGUUGAAACCAGUCAUCAGAAAUAACUCCACACCUUCAGAUGCUGUCAGCUGACUCAUUUGUGCCUUUAGUUUGCAACGCAAGCAACCUAACAGCAUUUUCCCAGGAUUGUAAGUCAUAUGUUAUAAGGAUUUUGGUUCUCAAAGAAAGAAGAUGGUACGAAACAUGUAACCAUAUACUGGUUAACACACAUGCCCAAAUGUUACUGCUACAAAAUCUUAUGAAAAAAAUUCCUUUUUGCAAAAUGUUUAACAUGUUAUCAAGGGGAAAAGGAAACCACUGAAACGAAAUGUGACCUGUGGAGGUAGUAUCUAAUAAAGAAUUAUUAGAUAUUCUUAUCCAAGAACUAGGUAUGGAAAACUUGAGAGAGAGACUGGUAAUCUACCCUGUGAAUCAAACAUCUGUUGUACUGUUUUAACAAUCAAACCCACUGAAUACAGCAUUUCAUUAUUUAUGAGGUCCAAACAGACUCAUUUUAAUUUCAGAUAAACGUAUUCAGUAUUUAACUGAUCUAUAUGAAUUAUAAUUGGCUGAAAGAUAACUGUUUAAUAAAGACAAUCUUUGCAUUUUCAGCAGCCUCUCAUUUUUAUUGUAAUUUCACCCAUUUUCUCAAAUCAUGUUCCUGUCCAAUAGGCACAGUGGACACUCUUUGAAAAGGAAAAUACAUUCAGCUUAUUUGAAAAAUCUCAACUCUUUCUGGAAAAGAGAUGAAAAUGCAUUUGAAAAACAACAACAACAAAAAAAGCAUCAAGUAACAGAUUUUCACAAAGUACGUGAGGGAGGGAGAAUUGCAAAUACAGAAACUUGUCAAAGCAUUUUGUUUCGUUGUGGACUUCCUUUAGUAAUAAGCAAAGCUGUUCAGUGUGUCUAGAAGGAAGGCAGGUCCCUAACACUGAAAGAUGCACCUCCAGCUUUCCUGCUUAUGCAUCACUAAUCAUAACAUUGGUAUCCUGGCCGGGCAUUUGACAGUUUCCUGUCUGUACAGAGCAUGGUCCAGGCUACAGACAGUGGCAUCCUGUGAUUAGCACGCUGUAUACUGAGAUGUGUAGAACCUCUCUGGGUUAGAAAAACAGCGCUGUCAUGUCGGAAUCCAGAACAGAGGUGUAUAAUCUAGCUAUUCCAUCUAAAGAAAGGCUAGCCCAGGGCCCUUUCCUGUACACUUGCACGUUUUCACUUUGUGUCCAAAUUGACCUUUUGGGAGCUUGAACUCUCAGCCUAGUCCUAUUAAAUAAUAUAUUUGACUGGAUAGUACAAUACAGCCCCCCCCCCCCCCCCCAUCUGGUAACAGAUAGAGAUGAAGGGCUUGUUGUUAAUAAAGUAGUCCUGGUCUCUUUCCCAAAUGACCAUCAGCUUCGCUGCUUUGAUACGGUACAUAGCUAUGUUCUGAUUAGAAUAAAAAUGAAAUUGUUUUAAUAUGUGCGAAAUACAAAGGCACUGUUAUUUGUACUAAGAAUGUAUUUCUGAGAUCAGAAUGACAAAUGUUAACCACUAAUUCCAUGACUUAAUGUACUUAUAUUCCACAUUUUCUCCACUGUAAAGCUCUUACGUACAUGUGCUCUGCCCUUUCCCCAGGCAGCUGUGUGCUGAUCCUAUAGCCUAACUGAGAAAAACUGUUUUACCGAACAAGUGGAGAAACAAUACGUUUUUAACUGUUUGUAUAUCUCCAGUUUUUACUUGUAUACGUUUCUUCCAGUAAUCAAAAUGUUAGUAAGAUAUACCAACUUAAUUGUGCCGAAGUUGUAACUAGUACUGUCAGAAUGAACGUGUAAUCUGUGACUUGGAUCAGCCACACUUUGUGGCAGUUCAGUAGCAUGUGAUAUAAGAGGUGACCUGAAGAUUGAGCACUCGUGCACUCAAACAUCACCAGCUGUGGAGAAUCCUGCAAAAAUCUGUCCUGGUAUUUCAAAUACUGGAUGGCUUUCUGUUCCUAAUAUUUGGAAAAAUUAGCACUUUAUUAAUAAUAAAGAUCCAACUUCAGAUGCUAAACGUAUCACCAGAAAGAUAUAAAGCUGUCUAACAGUACAAUGUUGUGGUACUAUAUGUCCCUACUGCCAGAGCAAGCAUGCAACAAUAUUCAUAAAAGUAAUUACGCUUUUUUCAACAACAUGAAGUAUAGCAAUAUCCGAGCAUAUGAGUUCCCAUUGAGACCACAGACUUGCACCCGAUCCCAUAGCGCAUUUGUGAUAGCAACAGUAGUAAGAUACUGACCCAGAAUGCCAAGUGGGUGCAGGUACGGGUAUGAAAUUAAACUCAUUAUCUCAAUCAUGGCUGGGCUUAAAAUUACAUUUAUAGCCAUGGCAGCGUUCUUCAGUUCCUUUGCGUUGUGGAGAUAAGUCUUAAUUUUUGGUCUACAUUAUUUGGUAGAAAUGUUAAUGUUUCUGUGACUCAAACUCUCAUUAGGUUGAAGGUGCUGUGAAACUUUGGUAUUAUGAUUUUUUAGUUUUUGGAAGAUUCUUUGUUGGUUUUCUAGUUUUUGCCUCGUUGUUGUACAUAACAUUCCCAGUUAAUACGUGCAUUGACUGGCUUCUUAAAUACAGAAAUUGGGUCCAAAUGGAUCAAAUAAUAAGCACUGCUGUUUGAAAUAAUGUUGACCAAAUAGAGGGAAUCAAGUCCAUAGUUUUAAGAAGGUUAGGUCAGCUCUGUUCUUAUAUAAAUCAUAGUGCCUUUACUGUGAGAUGGUUCUUGUUUGUGUAGAAGCAUUGCAACCUGGUGUAUAUUUGCCAAUGCUUGUGAGAAAGUGGGCUCCAUUACACCAAUGUGAUUACCUGUAGAAUGUGUUGAAUAACAAAAUGUAAAAAUGUGUGGGGUCUUAUGAAUAACAUUUAUUAUUUUUACUUUCAAACCAAAUGUCUCUGAUCAUAUUAAAAUCCUAUGUCAUUAACCGGUCCUCUCUUCCACAAUUGUUUCCAAAGUUAUAUCUGUUCUUCAUCUUGAAUCGUUAUUAACUUUUAGCCUGCUUAAUAAAAUUUGCACAGAGAGCCCUUCAU